AUGAAAUCCCUUGCGAGACUGGUUAUUUGUUCAGGUUACAGAUUUUACGCCUCCAAAACAAUUCAUUUGGAGGGGAAAUUCCUAGAAACUUAUCAAGUUGUGUCAACCUUGAAGUCCUUGCCAUUUCCAACAAUAAGCUUGAAGGGACAAUUCCAGUGGAGCUUGGAUCUUUAUCAAAGCUCCGUGGACUCUUAUGUACUUUCAAACAAUCUGUCUAUUAGUGAUAACGGAUUUGGAGGUAUGUUGCCAGAAGUUAUAGGAAACAUGUCGACCCAACUUAGACUACUAUUAGUUGCAAAAAAUAAAGUGUUUGGAAAAAUCCCAACAGGAGUAGGCAAUCUUGUUAACUUAGAGGUUUUAGAUCUACGGAGGAACCAAUUCACGGGCCAUAUUCCCAGCAAUAUUGGGAAUCUUCAAAAGCUACAGGUUUUGCAGUUCGCUAUGAACAGGUUCUCUGGGGCUAUACCAUCUUCUCUGGGCAAUCUAACAUUGUUAAGCAGGCUUAGAUUAGACAGAAACAACUUACAGGGGACCAUUCCAUCAAGUCUUGGGAGAUGCACUAAUUUAGAAUGUCUAGAUCUCUCUAGUAACGAUCUAAGUGGUACCAUACCCCCUGAAGUAAUUGGUCUCUCAUCCUUGUCAAUUUAUCUUGAUCUGUCUCUAAACCAAUUGACUGGUUCCUUGCCCUCAAAUGUCGGUAACUUAAUAAAUCUGGGUUUUCUAUCUAUAUCUGAGAAUAAAUUGUUUGGUGAAAUUCCUGAUAGUUUGGGCAGUUGCGUAUUACAACAACUAUUGAUAAAUGGUAAUUUCUUUCAAGGGAAUAUUCCAUCAUCCUUGAUACCAAUUGGAGGAGUCUUCAACAACGCAAGUGCUAUUUCACUUUCAGGAAACGAUAAACUUUGUGGUGGCAUAACCGGUUGUUGGAAUUUGGUUGCUGACUAUGAUGUUAUGUUUGAUAAUUAUUCAUUGGUGGAGAAGAACAAAAAGGAAUUCCUCUUCUGCAUCACCAUUGUUGGCUUCACUUUGAUUGGCUCGGGGAGUUUUGGUUAUGUGUAUAAGGGGAUCCUAGACCAUAACGAAAUGGUAGUGGCAGUGAAGGUUCUUAACCUUCAACAUCGAGGAGCUUUUAGGAGUUUCUUGGCUGAAUGUGAAGCCUUGAGAAGUAUAAGACAUCGAAAUCUUGUCAAAAUAAUAACCGCUUGUGCAAGUGUUGAUUUCCAAGGAAAUGAUUUCAAGGCUUUGAUCUACGAGUUUAUGGUUAAUGGGAGCUUGGAGGAGUGGUUGCAUCCCAAUGUAACUACAGAUGUCUUACAAGAGGCGCCGAGGAAUCUAAACUUUCUACAAAGACUUGAUAUUGCUACAAAUGUUGCUUGUGCAGUGGAUUAUCUUCAUAACCAUGGCCAAACACCAAUGGUUCACUGUGAUCUCAAGCCAAGCAAUGUUCUUCUUGAUGAUGAGUUGACAGGUCAUGUAAGUGACUUUGGAUUGGCAAGAUUCCUUCUAGAGGGCACCCAUAACCUUUCAAGUAAUCAAACAAGCUCCAUUGGUGUCAGAGGAACUGUUGGUUAUGCUGCUCCAGAAUAUGGUAUGGGAAGCGAGGUUUCAACUUAUGGUGAUGUGUACAGUUAUGGCAUACUCUUAUUGGAGACGUUCACAGGGAAGAGGCCAACCGAUGAGAUGUUUAAUAGUGAUUUGGAUCUUCAUAAUUUUAUGAAGGCAGGUAUCCCUGAACGAGUCAUUGAAAUAGUGGAUCCAGUUCUUCUUCUAGAAACAGAAGAAGGACAUACGAGCAUGAGAAGUCACAACAUUCGGGAUUGCUUGAUUUCAAUAUUUGGAACUGGAGUCACUUGUUCUUCAAGGUCACCGAGUGAAAGGAUGAACAUGAAUGAUGUUACAGACCAGCUGCAUUCUAUCAAGAGCAAACUUCUUCAAACUCCAAGACAGGGUGAGAGACUACCGUAACUUUAUGAGUAAUUUUCUUGUGUUUUAUAAUUAAAUGUCUGAUACAACUUCAGAAUAAGGUUUGUUAAACAAUGUCCAACUCGCAAUAUGUUAU